GAUUUUCAUGUAGGAAAGUCAUUACAAGCAUACAUUCCCAAUUGUUAUGCCAAAUUGUUAUGCCAACUUUAGGGAAGAGCAUCUACUUGGGCUAACAACAAUCACCCAUUGAAAAUUCUACCAAGAUGGAACAACUACCUCGAUGGGGGUAGUGCCCCCUUCGUCCACAGCAUGCUCGGCCACCUCAAGAAGGGAUUCAAGUUUCUUCAGCUUCUUUACUAUUUCUCAUCGUCCAACCAUCAUUGCAACCACUGCCUUCUUAACAUGCUCGGUAAUCCUUAGUUAUUGAUGGCUUUCUUCACUUAUUAAUUAUCUAUAUCUAUAUCUAAUGUGGUAGGCUAUGCUUAUGAUAUUGUUGUCCAUAAUUGCCUUUAUAUAGAGAGAGACUCAUAUGUAAUAUCAAAUUUUACUGCUUUAAUAAAUCUCUAUUUCUUAU